UUGGUAAAAUGUUGAGAAAACGGUUUAAUUAGUUUUUCCCAGCACCUGCUCACUUUUAUAAAGCGGUCAGAUAACGGGGCCCGAGUUCUUUGAAGUGUUUCAGCUCAAAAUGUGUUCAACGUUGACCGCGGUUGCACUAGCUUUAGUUGGGGAAAUUGUGCUGGUGAAGGCUAUAUACAUCAAACCGGACGUAGCCAACGGUGGCGAUGCAGCGGAAAACAGUUUUCCCUACAUGGUGCAGAUUCAACAGUUUAUGGUCGUUAGCUACGUGCAUCACUGUGGCGGUACGCUGGUAACGUCCCGCUGCAUCCUUACCGCGGCACACUGUGCGGUGGAGUCGCUGAAGCUACGCGCGAUCGCCGGUACGGUGUGGCGCGAUUCCGAAACCCUCGGCCAGCGAAGACCGAUCGUGCGGCUGCUGGCGCACGAAAGCUACGUCCAGGACGGUACAACGCAACCGUACGAUAUCGCGCUGGCGCUGGUGGAGGAACCGUUCGUUGUGGAUGGUCGGGCAAUAGCGGUCAUUGCACUGAUGCCGGACUAUUACGACCCGCCCGGGGUGAUGGAUGUGCUCGGGUUCGGCAAGAUCGACCAUGAUGACACGCUGCCCGAUCGGUUGCGGGUGGUCGAGUGCAGGCUGCAUGACGUCGAGGACUGCCAGAAGCAUCCGUCCGAAGGGACGCUGUGCGUGGGGAAUCCGGGUGCGACCGCCUGUCAGGGUGAUUCCGGUGGGCCCGUCGUCGGACGGAUCGAUGGGUCGGAUUGGUUGGUCGGCGUAGUAUCGUUCGGUAUGAAAUCGUGCGGCACCGGACCGAUCAUCUGUACCGAUGUGCACUUGUACAGGGAGUGGAUCGGGCAGAGAGUGUUUGAUUUAAGCGUGUGGAGCGAGGAGAACGAAGCCGACACAAUGAUUGAUGUGUAUGUUCAGCAUUACUUAUAAAUACAUUUAUUGGUACAAUCUGCUGGCGGCGGCGGUUCGCCUGCUCAGUGGAGCGACAACUACACCACGGCUGUGCGUGUAAUUGUUAAUUGUACAACAAGCAAUUCGACAGCAGCACCACAAAACACAACACGAAUCGAUUUAAAUUGCCGACGAUUCGGCACAAUACAAACGGGCCUACCAAAGGACACCGGGACACCAUUUUCAGCGGAAUGUCCUUUUUACACACGCCGUGGAAGAGGACAUCACCCGGUAACGUAAUUAACCGCAUCGUAAAUGCCUCACCGAGCAGCUGCGUGAUAUAAAUUAAAUAAAGGAGCAAAGGUGGGUCAUAUGACCCCCUCUCCUCCCCCGCUUCCAACCACAGGACAGCUGAAAGUUCAAACAGAUAUUUGAUCGGGUCGGUCGAACCACUGCUGCUGCUCUUUUUCAAUUACACACCUAACCUAACCUAGAAUCUAAAUAGUUGCACGUUGCAAUGUGCCAAUGUCCCCGUAUGUGCGAUUUAUGUUUGAGGUUGAUUACCGCGCUGCGGUAUAAAAUAUUGACCGAACGGCAACAGCACCACCUCGACAAAGAGGGCGCGCGUGUUUGUGUGUGGGAAAAUUAAUGUUUUACCACCAUGUAGGAAAUUAACAACGAAAAAAUUGUCA